AUGAAUUCUAACCGAGAAACUAGUUUGGAGCCAUUAAACCCGAAUAACAGCCUAGAAACUAGGUCGGAGCAACUAAGGAAUGCAUUACACACAUCAUUGGGGUUGAAUUCAGACGACAUUUUGAUGAAUGAAGAUGAGUCGAUCGACAUUGAUUCAGACGGCAACUUCAAUGAUGGAGAAAAUCAUGUUGAUGAUGGUGCUGCUGAUGAAGAUGAUGAUGAUGAUGAUGAUGAUGACGAUGACGGCCAUUAUUUAGAGGAAGAGGAAGAAGUUGGAGAGGACAGGGAAAUGCCUAAUGAUUUCAAUGAAGAAGAUCUCGUAAUUGGUCCAAUUACUGGGAUGCGGUUCAGUAGUAAGGAUGUUAUGUUUGAUUUUUACAAAGAACAUGCAAGAUUAUCGGGGUUUUGCAUUGUCAAAAGAACAUCAAACAAAAAGGAAAGGAAUAAGCAUGUUACCAAGAGGAGGAAUUGUCAUGCUAGAAUAAAUGGAAUUUUGGAGGAGGAUGGUUCAUGGCGUGUUUCAAAGGUGGUUAAAAAACAUAAUCAUCAAUUGGAACCAGCACUAUCGCGAAUGAUCGCGGGACACAGAUCGCUUAGUAAGUCCCUUAAGAGAACUCUUGCAGCCAAAGAUAUUGCUGGCUUAAGACCCUCAAAAAAUAUAAGAGUCGCUGAAGUACUUGCUGGUGGCCCCGAAAAUAUUGGAUGUACACCAAAGGACUGUAGAAAUUAUAUUUUGAAGAGUAGAAAGCUUCAGUUGCAAGAAAGGGAUGCACAAUCAUUACUCAAGUUCUUCAAUGACAUGCAGCAAAAAGAUAGGGAAUUUUACUACUCCGUAGAUGUGGAUAGUUUUGGUCGACUUUGUAAUGUCGUAUGGGUUCAUUCACACUCUAAGGUUGCAUAUGAGGAAUUCCAUGAUGUAAUAUGCCUUGAUACCACGUACCUUGUGAAUCGAUACAAUAUGCCAUUUGCUUCAUUUGUUGGUGUCAAUCAGCAUAGGCAGUCCAUACUUUUGGGAUGUGCUCUUAUGUCGAGUGAGGAUAUAACAAGUUACAAAAUGGUGCUAUCUACAUGGCUUGGGGCUCUAAACAAUGUUCAUCCAUUAGCUAUCAUGACUGACCAAUGUGAUAGUAUUAAGGCUGCCAUCAAUGCAUUGAUGCCAAGCUAA